AUGUCGUUAAUUCGUGAGAGCGCAUUAGAAUUACGUGUCGGGAAAAAGUUCCGUCUUGGUCGUAAGAUUGGUAGCGGCUCUUUUGGUGACAUUUACUUGGGUACAAACAUGACAUCGGGAGAGGAGGUUGGUAUUAAAUUGGAAUCUAUCAAGAGCAAGCACCCACAACUGCUCUAUGAGUCAAAGAUUUACAAGAUUCUCAGUGGUGGACUCGGUGUGCCGUCUUUGCGGUGGUUUGGCGUCGAAGGUGAAUACAAUGUGAUGGUAAUUGAUCUACUGGGCCCUUCUCUCGAGGACUUGUUCAACUAUUGUGGCCGUCGCUUUCAGCUGAAAACAGUGCUGAUGAUUGCUGACCAGCUACUGUGCCGCAUUGAAUACUGCCAUGCCAAGAACUUUAUUCACCGAGAUGUGAAGCCAGAUAACUUUUUGAUUGGUCUGGGUAAACGUGCCCAGAUUGUCCACGUCAUUGACUUUGGUCUGGCCAAGAAGUACCGUGAUCCCAAAACGCACCAACACAUUCCGUACCGUGAAAACAAGAACCUCACGGGUACAGCUCGUUACGCCUCUAUCAACACUCACGUUGGUAUUGAGCAGAGUCGUCGUGAUGACCUCGAGUCUCUCGGUUACGUGUACAUGUACUUCAUCCGUGGUUCCCUACCGUGGCAGGGUCUCAAGGCUAAUACAAAGAAGCAGAAAUACGAGAAGAUUAUGGAAAAGAAGAUGAACACGCCCAUUGAGGUGCUCUGCAAGGGCUACCCAGCUGAGUUCCGUGCCUACUUUGAGUAUUGUCGUGCUCUGCGCUUUGAUGACAAACCUGACUACGCUUACCUCAAGCGUCUGUUUAAGGAGCUUUUCUUCCGCAAGGGCUUCCAGUUUGACGCUAUGUUCGACUGGACUGUCCUCAACCUGCGUAGCGGCCGUCGGGAGCGCACCAGCGGCGAGGGCACCGCUCGCGCGGAUCCUCGCCAGGAGGCUCCCCGUGAUGGCCGUCAGAUCGCUUCUCAGGGCCGUGCGUACGUUCGUGAUGAGGCGAAGGAGGGCGAUGCUCAGCUGCAAGCGCAGCAGUCUUACCGCUCGACUGGCUUCCGUGAUGAGAGGCAAGCGGCUAUGGACGCAGGCUACCCUGCUCCUCGUGUGGCCACUGGCACCAGCCGUGACGCUGUCGGUGAAGCGAAGCCGAUAAGCCGGCAGCGUUACUGA